AUAAAUCAGAAAAACCUAAAUGAAUAUUUUAUACAUUUUUCUUCUCUAAAGGAGGCUUGUGGGAUAUAGACAUGACAUCCAUGAAUUCCUCAUCAAAUGACUAUAAUGUGUCAAGCAGCCUGACUUCUCGUGAUUCUCUGAGCACAGCUGUGGCCAAAAAUGUGAUUGUAGUGGGUCUUGGCCUCACCAUCAACUGUAUCAAUGGUACUCUGGUUUACACCUUCAGAAAACAUCAGAUACUUCAUAUGAAUCCUCGUUACAUCCUGUUCAUCCACCUCGUGUUGAACGAUAUGAUCCAGCUGACUGUAACAAUCAGCGUGUUAAUAUUAAUUUAUGUCUUCUACAUGAUUAAUGCUUCUCUCUGUUGCUUUAUUGUUACCUUAGCUGUCUUUACUACCCUUAACACUCCACUAAAUUUAGCUGCAAUGGCAGUGGAGUGCUACAUUGCUGUUUGUUUUCCACUGCGGCACUCUCAGCUGUGUACCAUUAAAAGAACAUAUAGUCUGAUAGGUUGUAUUUGGGCUUUGAGUGCAGUUUCAAUUCUGCCAGACAUCUUUAUUAUUCUGGCAACAGAGCCUGAAUGGUUAUUUCACUCCACUAUAUUUUGUGAGAGGGACAACUUGUUCCGACAUCCAGUCAGUUUAAAAAAGAGAGAUGUUUCUUACCUGCUUUAUCUAACUGUAGUUUGGCUCGUCCUCCUCUGCACCUACUUCAGGAUCUUCUUAGCUGCUAAAACUGCUAAUUCAGUAGAGGGAAAUUUUAAAAAGGCCAGGAAUACUAUCCUGCUACAUGGCUUUCAGUUAUUGCUGAGUAUGUUAACUUAUGUAGGCCCUCAAUUGAAACAGGUUUUGUUUUAUUGGUUCCCUAAAUAUUACAUGCAAAUACUCUUUGUUAAUUACAUAUUUGUUCAGAUUUUCCCCAGGUUUGUCAGUCCUAUUGUAUACGGACUACGAGACAAGACAUUCAGACAGUAUUUGAGAAAGUAUCUGACAUGUACCACGACAACAGAAAAACUGAUUUAA